UAUAUAGACAAAAUGGCGACGUCGACCGACUUCUAUCUCCGCUAUUAUGUAGGGCACAAAGGCAAAUUUGGACAUGAAUUUCUUGAAUUUGAAUUCCGGCCUGAUGGAAAGCUUCGGUAUGCCAAUAACUCAAACUACAAAAAUGACACAAUGAUCAGAAAAGAGGCAUUUGCACACAAGAGUGUGAUGGAAGAACUAAAGAGAAUCAUUGAAGAUUCUGAGAUCAUGCAGGAAGAUGACAGUCUAUGGCCUUCCCCAGACAGAGUGGGAAGACAGGAACUAGAAAUUGUCAUUGGGGAUGAACACAUUUCUUUCACUACAUCAAAGAUUGGUUCUCUAGUUGAUGUAAACCAAAGCAAGGAUCCAGAGGGCCUGAGAACUUUCUAUUAUCUUGUUCAAGAUCUCAAGUGUUUGGUGUUUUCUCUGAUUGGACUGCAUUUCAAGAUCAAACCUAUCUAAACCUCACAAAAAUGGUGAACUGUAAAAAGACUAUAAAAGAAAAUACAUUGUAUAUUUGCAUUCUUUUCACUUUUUUAAGACAUUGCAAAGGAAAUAGAAAAAUAUUAUGAUGAACAUUGUCAUUAGAAGAAGAAAGUUGCAGAAAACUUAAAACAGAAUGUCAUUGUUUCAAAACGUUGACAAGUGCAAGAAUUUAUCCAAACAUUCAGGGUGUCGUUCUUAUUUCCAUUCCCGAAGAUACCUACCGAGCUUUACCUGUUCACGAACAACUGAGUUUCUAAUGUUUAGUGAAGAAUUAUAGAUGCUACCUUUUCUUUGUCACUACUGUCCAUUUACAAUUUAUGUCGUCUUUCAAUAAAAGUUGUAAAGAUAUACAUAAGAUACUUGACAGAGGGUACUAUCUCGUCUGUAGUUGGAAUGAUAGACAUUUGUAGAUAAUUAAAAAGUUUUUAUUACAUGAAA